AUCGGUGCGGCGCGCGCUUGGAGACGUAGCGCUGCGCGUGGGUCGCUACGAGGGGUGUGUGUGUGCGCGCGUCCAUGACACUACUCCACAACACCGAUUAGACAUCAUCACAUAUCAACCUACGGAGGGUCACGGAGCAUCGCAUCACUCAUCCUGGAACACAGCGCUCUUAAACGGCGUCCGCGCAACAUUGUGCCAUUCAACCCGUUUGAACAACGCUCGUUCGCGGAUACACCCUACUCAGGAGGUGGCUUCUAAUACCGGACAAUGACACUGAGCCGUAGCCGGAGAUAGGGAUGGAUACAAGAGUGUGGAGGAUGCUCGCCCUGCUCGGUGUGUUUGCAGCUUUUCUGGAGGUGAAUGGUGAUGACAGCUACCUGAAUGCAGUGCAGAAUACAGUUCCUCUGUCCUGCUCCGAGGGCUUCACCGAGCUGGGCUAUUACAAUGGCACUGUUUCCCAGACGGACUCAGGUUCACCCUGUCUGAAGUGGACUGAAUUCCCAGAUUACGUGCAGCAGUAUCCGGGCAGAGGUCUGGGAGAGCACAAUUUUUGUCGAAAUCCUGACCGCGAGUCCAACCCAUGGUGCUUUUUCAGACAGAGUUCAGGUGCCAUUGGCUGGGCCUACUGCGACUGUCAUCAAGGAGCGGUCAGGCUAGUAGGAGGUUCUUCCUUAAAGAGUGGCCGACUGGAGGUCUACCUGAAUGGCCAGUGGGGCUCAGUUUGUGACACACAUUGGACAGAUCGUGAUGCCAGCGUGGUUUGCCGACAGCUUGGACUUGGAGAGAUUGGCACGGCUCUCCAGCACUCAUAUUUUGGCCCCGGCUCCGGGCUCUUUCACUACGCUCGUCUUGGCUGCCGCGGAGAUGAGAAAUCCCUGCUGGAGUGCAGGAGCAGGAAGUUUGUUACUAGCGACUGUAACCAUGGAAGCGAAGCCGGUGUGGUGUGCGAACCACCUGAAGGUAAUGGCCCGCCGCUGCGGUUGGUUGGUGGGGAGGAGGACUUUGAGGGACGUGUAGAGGUCUUCCAUGAUGGACGCUGGGGGACCAUUUGUGAUGAUCAGUGGGAUGACAUGGACGCUGAGGUGGUCUGCAGGCAGCUCGGACUGGGGGGCAUCCCUAAAGCCUGGUCAUGGGCUCAUUUUGGACAGGGAAGUGGACCGAUCCAGCUGGAUGCAGUGCAGUGCACAGGCAAUGAGCUCUCUCUGGACGAGUGCCGGCACAGCGGAUGGGAACAACACAACUGUGACCAUAUGGAAGACGCUGGGGUGUCAUGCAACCCCUAUACAGAUGGCGUGGUGAGACUGGUAGACGGUGAUAACCCAUGGGAAGGUCGUCUGGAAGUCUAUCACUCCGGGGACUGGGGCACAGUGUGUGAUGACAGCUGGACGGAGCCUCAUGCGCAGGUGGUCUGCAGACAGCUGGGAUUCAGAGGAGGUGCAGAGGUCGCCCCCGCUGGUGCGUUUGGAGAAGGCACAGGUUUGAUUCUGCUGGACGAUGUGGAGUGUCAGGGCACAGAGAGCUCUUUGCUGGAGUGUAAACACGGUGUCUGGGGUCGACAUGAUUGUUCCCACAGUGAGGAUGUUGGAAUUCGCUGCCACAGGGUGGAAAACAAUGAGGUCCCACUGGCUCCAGAAAGUACUGGGCCUUUAGUUCGUCUGGCAGGGGGGGACAGUAGGAAGGAGGGCCGGGUGGAGGUGUUUCUCAAUGGCGAAUGGGGCAGCGUCUGUGAUCACGGCUGGAAUGAUGUCAACGCUGCCGUCAUCUGCAGACAGCUCGGAUUCAAUGGGGAAUCAAAAGCGCGUCCGAUGGGUUAUUUCGGAGCAGGUAAAGGCACCAUCCAUCUGUCCAAUGUGAGGUGCACUGGGAAGGAGUCUCUCCUUGGCGAAUGUCCUUCUAAAGGACAGGACAGCCAUGUUUGUAAGCAUGGUCAGGAUGCAGGUGUGGUGUGUGAUUAUGAGCCGGAGCCCGAGGCUGACGUGGCGGUUGUGGGCACACACACCUGCGGGCUCAGAGCCGGAGCCGAGAGACGCAGCAAGAGGAUUGUUGGAGGAUACAAAUCUCUCAGGGGUGAUUGGCCCUGGCAGGCGUCUCUGUGGCUCAGAUCUCAGUCUAAAGGGAAUCAGCCUCUGUGUGGAGCAACUCUCAUCAACUCCUGCUGGCUGCUCACUGCGGCGCACUGCUUCAAACGGUUUGGCAGUGACGCGUCCCGGUACGUGGUGAAGCUUGGUGAUUACCACACGCGUGAGCAGGAUGAUUUUGAGCGAGUUCUUUCUCCAGAGCACAUCGAGGUUCACAAGAAGUACCACACUGACAGCUGGGAGCAUGACGUGGCUCUGAUCCGACUGAAGGGCACAGAGGGAAAGUGUGUGGCCUUUAAUCCUCACACCAACGCCGCCUGCCUGCCUGCGCCUGGCAGCAAGUGGGGCAAGAGACCCGCGUCUUGUGUCAUCACCGGCUGGGGAAUGACAGACACUGAGCAUCCCAGCACACUUCUUCAGGCCUGGGUUCCUCUCCUGCCCUCGUGGCAGUGUAAGAAACGUUACGGCGAGCGUUUCACCAGCCACGACAUGUUGUGUGCGGGCAGCAUGACCUCUGACCUCAGAAAGCAUGCCGACAGCUGCCAGGGGGACAGUGGGGGUCCGCUGGUGUGCCAGGGUGAGGCCGGCCGCUGGGUACUAACAGGAGUCAUCUCCUGGGGUCACGGCUGCGGCGACCCCUCGUACCCAGGUGUGUAUUCACGGGUCAGCCGCUACCUGGGCUGGAUUGAACAGGUGACGCACAGCACCGCACCACUCCAGCACUGAAGCACCACUCGCUCCCAAAAGCACAGGACUUUCUGAGAGGAAAAACAAGAGCCUGAGAGUGUUUGACACCUGCUGUAUGCUUUCAACACCCUGGAUCUUAAUUCCUAGCUGUACGAUUCAAUUUCAUGUCUUUAGCAUUUAGAGAUUAGGGUCUUUCCUUACUCACAGACUUAAAGCUGAAGUAUACUUUGGUUUUUUUAUGUGUAUGUCAAAGAUGAUGCGUAGUUGAAUGCACAGCUAAACAAAAAAAAUAAAAAAUCAGAUAGUGUUACAAACCAUGCACUCUGGAGAAUUGUAUGCUAAUCUAGUGUCUGUUUUUGGCUUCAGAAUGUAUGUUAUGUUUUAAUUUAUUUUUCCAUGAGAUCUUAAAAU